AUGGACAAGUUCCUAUCGAAUAGGUUUCAAACCUUGGAAACCAUGUCAGGCAUAAAGGGCACAAAGUCUGUAAAAGCGUCAAAGCCGCAAAACACCAGACAUCCCUCAGAAGCCCCCACAAAAAGACUUGGCGCGUUCCAAACAAACGUAACCAAGUACACAUGUAAAAUGUGCCAAACAAAUGAGCACAAAUUACGCCGCUGUUCCCAUUUCCUAAAGCUAACGCCAACUGAAAGGAUAGAGUUUUUAAAGAGCAACAAUGCUUGCCUGAAUUGUCUGAGUUCUGGACAUACUGUAUCAAGAUGCACAAGCCCUUUCAAUUGCGGCACGUGUCACUCGCGACAUCAUUCGCUCCUUCACACCCAGACAAUUCCGCCAAAGGCAACACUGCCUCAAACGCCACCGAGCUCUGCCAAAGAUGUUGCCUCAACCUCGCAACAAGCUGCAGCAAGGCGUAACUUCAAUAAAACUAACUCCGGUAAAAGCAAAAACGUUAAGUCUAAUUAUGUAAAUAUGAACUCAGGUGUACUUUUAGGAACGGCUCGUGUAAAUAUACGUCUCAAUGGUACAGAUUUUUCAGCACGAGCACUCAUUGAUUCUGGUUCGGAGUGUUCCUUUAUAACAGAACGACUCAAACGCAGAAUCAACCUGCCAUCUAAGAAUAUGUAUGCCAAAGUUUCAGGCAUCACGAAUUCAACUUCUGCUCAGGUCAAGGAGGCAUGCAACAUAGAACUACGGUCCCCUGUUGACCUACUGUUUAGCCUACAUGCAACAGUGCUCGUGCUGACAAAAUUAACUGGAAAUCUUCCAUCCUGCCAUAUCAGCGCUAUGACUAUGCAGGCAUUUCCAGAUCUGAUUUUAGCAGAUAAAAGGUUCUACGUUAACGAAGAAGUAGACCUAGUACUUGGCGGAGACAUUUAUCCCCAAAUUAUUUUGUGCGGCUUGAAGAAAAAUGUUCUCAGUACACUUCUUGCCCAAGAAACCGUGUUCGGUUGGAUUUUAACCGGUCGCACAGAAGCACCAAAUCCAACAAACAACAUAGUUUCUUAUCAUAGCGAAGUUGCCUUGGAUAAACAACUAACAGCUUUCUGGGAACUAGAAGAUAUACCGAAAAACAAAAAUUUAAACGAAGACGACAAGUAUUGUGAAGAGCUUUAUCGGAAAACGACUGAGAGAAACCCAUAUGGAAAAUAUGUAGUCUCGCUACCAUUUAGGCAGGAAUUUCCAGCAAACAUUUGCCUAGGCCCCUCUCUUAAAAAAGCAUGCUCUCAGUUCUUCCGGAAUGAGACACGGCUUACAAAGGACCCCGUCCUGCAAAAGGAGUAUAAUAGGGUACUAACAGAAUAUGAAUCACUGGGACACAUGUCCAGAAUAAAUGGUAGCAUUUCAGCAGACUCUUCCGAUAACUACUUUCUACCCCAUCACGCUGUGAUAAAGGCGGAAAGCACCUCUACGAAAGUUCGGGUCGUCUUUAAUGCCUCAAGCCAGACGGCUAAUGGUACAAGUUUAAAUGACGUACUUUACCCAGGUCCAGUACUCCAAGCAGAUCUUCCAAUAUUAAUACUCCGCUGGAGAUUAUAUAGGUACGUUUUUAAUAGCGACAUCGAGAAGAUGUACCGCCAAAUUUGGGUGAAUAACAACCAUACCAAAUACCAGCGAAUAGUUUAUCGUACAAACCCGAACGAACCUGUAAGUCUAUAUGAAUUAAAGACUGUCACUUUCGGGAUUAAUAGCGCACCUUACCUCGCGAUAAGGACACUUCUGCAAUUAGCCGACGAUGUAGAGAAUUCUUUCCCAAUAGCAUCUAACAUCCUACGAAAGUGCAUGUAUGUGGAUGACGUGUUAGCUGGAGGACAUAGCGUCGACUCUACCAUUAAAGCAAGAGAUGAAAUCUCAGAAGUGUUACGAUCAGCUGGUUUUCCACUACGGAAAUGGACCUCAAAUUGUGAGGAAAUUCUUAAAGACAUCCCAAAAACGGACCUUCUUAGCGAACAUUUCUUAGCAUUCGAAGACACCAGCACGGUUAAGGCUCUGGGCAUAAAAUGGAAUGCCCAUACGGAUUUAUUUUAUUUUAUUGCCAGACCAUUGGAGGAGUACGACACUAUUACGAAAAGGGCGAUACUGUCAGCUAUCGCCAAGCUUUUCGAUCCGCUGGGAUGGCUCGCAACAAUAGUCAUCGUAGCCACAAUACUUAUGCAAAGUAUUUGGCUAGAAGGCACAGACUGGGAUGAGACUGUGUCUGCUACUAUUNGCUGUCAGCGAUUGCCAAGCUUUUCGAUCCACUGGGAUGGCUCGCACCAAUAG